CGCGAAAUCAGCUGUUGUUGACGCUGGCGACUUUGCUGUGCAGUGUGCAAUUUUUAUAAGAGAGACGCGUUUCUUGUUUGCUCAGAAAGGUUGAAGCCAUGGCACAGGCCCGAGUAGCAACGGCAUUUAAUUUGGAAGACAAAAUGACGGCCAAGACAUCAAUUGGUCAACCUGAGCCAAUGUUGGGAGAAAACAAUUGGACUGAAUUCUCAAUAGAAGUUCCUUGGGGAACCGUCGAAGGUAAAUGGUGGGGCUGUCGGAACAAGCAGCCGAUUCUGGCCCUGCACGGCUGGCAGGACAAUUGCGGAUCCUUUGACAGGCUGUGUCCAUUGCUGCCGGCGGACUAUUCGGUGCUGGCCAUCGAUCUGCCUGGUCAUGGCAACUCCUCUCACUAUCCGCAGGGAAUGCAGUACUUUAUAUUCUGGGACGGCAUCUGUUUAAUACGUCGCAUUGUGCGCAAGUACAAUUGGAAGAAUAUCACGCUUUUGGGUCACUCUCUGGGCGGAGCACUCACAUUCAUGUAUGCCGCCAGCUUUCCGGAUGAAGUGCACAAAUUAAUCAAUAUUGACAUUGCUGGACCAACAGUGCGAGGCGUCAAGCGAAUGGCUGAAGGCACCGGCAAGGCUUUAGAUAAAUUCCUUGACUACGAAACGUUGCCGGAGAGCAAACAGCCGUGUUACUCCUACGACGAGAUGAUUAAGUUAGUGAUGGAUGCCUACGAUGGUUCCGUGGACGAGCAAUCUGUCAAGAUUUUAAUGAAACGCGGCAUGAAACCCAAUCAAAAGGGUUUUCUCUUUGCCCGUGAUCUGCGGCUAAAAGUUAGUCUUCUUGGACUCUUUACGGCCGAGCAAACUCUCGCGUAUGCCCGGCAAAUACGCUGUAAAGUACUUAACAUUCGGGGAGUCCCCGGCAUGCAGUUUGAAUCGACUCAAUUUUAUGCUGAGGUCAUCGACACACUCAAGCAACACGCCCAACAUGUUGUCUACGUCGAAGUGCCCGGAACGCAUCAUCUGCAUUUAGUUACGCCGGAGCGUGUCGCUCCACAUAUAACACAAUUUCUCUUAAAUAAGUAAUACAAAUUUGUAAGGCCCCGUUUUGUUCGGUUUCGUUUAGCAUUAGUCUAUUUUAAAUCAUUGCUGAUCGAUUAUUGAGCUAAACGGGUCUUAAAUAAGUAGGAGGCUUCAUAUCAUACAUAUGAUAUGUACAUUUAAUUAAAUAUAUUUCUUUUGGUGAAGUUACCAGUAUUAAAAAACUAACCGUUGUUUGAAAUGAUUGAGAAAUUUGGAAAAUUCGCCUGAA